AUGACUUUGACAUAUUGUAUUUUACAUCUUUUGGCAUCUUUUAACGCCCUCGUUAUGGUUGAUGCUCAAUGCCGGACAGAAAUCAGUAUUCCUGGUAUGGCUCUUGAUGGUUUUGUCUUCAAAAUAAUGUCAGCAACAGCCCCACAUCAGUGUGAAGUCCAUUGCGAAAGAGAAAUCACAUGUCAAAGCUAUAACUACGUCAUAGGGGAGAAAAUCUGCGAAUUGAAUAACCGUACCAAGGAGGCGAGGCCCCAAAAUUUCCGCUCUGACCCCGCACGGUUUUAUAUCCGACGUUUUAUCGGCAGAGUUCCCUUGGGUUCCAUUCCUGAAAUACCAGCGAUAUCUUGCGGGGAAAUAGAGGCGAGUGAAGGCAAAUACGACAUCAGCAACAAGUACUGGCUGGAUAGCAGUUUCACGGGACAGGCAGAGUUAGUUGAUUGUAGUAACACGGUAAAAACAAUCACAAGUCCCGCAGGAGGCAAAGGUGAACCCGAAGAUCAAGAUGACUAUGACUUCGAACUGGUUUUCAGAGAAACACAACAAAUGAACUAUGUGAAUCAUACUUUGAACCUGAUGUGGAUUGCAUACUUCACCGUCUGUGCCUGGAUACACACACCAGAUGUACAACAGAACAAGAAGAUGACCAUUAUAAGUGUGUUGACUAGGCUGGAUGACGACAGCCACAAAGCCCUGACAGUGCAGAUCGAUGGACAAGGGAAUGUAUACUUUUCAUACGGGAAUGAUCGGAUAACACUUUCCAACGUAUUCGCUACCAGUUCCCCGCGGGAUCAAAUGGUCUUCCUCUAUGUUCGUGUCCAAACUCACUCGCCUUAUAUGGAUGUGAUCGUAAACGCAGAUUUCAAAUCUAUUAUUUCUAGCGACAGUGUUGAGUAUCAUAAAGUUAGAUGGUCUCAAGUUAUACUGGGACAAAAUCAGAAAGCUGACGGUACUAUAAAAAACGAUAGCUCAUUAGACGGAAGGAUUUCGGGUGUGAACAUCUGGCAAGACAGAUUGAAUGAAGUAAAUACCAAAAAUUGGUACAAUUCAGGUCUAAAGAAUCAGUAUUACAAACCCGACAUAAUAGGAUGGCCGGAGUUUGGUAGUCUCGACAAAAGAUUUGGAGACGUUCACUUUGUUAAGGUCGCCUCAGGUGGAAGACAUUGGCGUAACGUUUCGGAUAGUGAGGUGGAUGUACAAACAACAAAUGAUGUUUCGGCGUCGAAAUCUUAUGAAAGUGGAUCCGGAAUAGUAAUCGACGUUGAGCGUCGGUCACAAGUCAUUUGUAGUGAUGGAAGUUAUUUGGCCUCUGUUGAUGGCGUGUUUAUAUCUGUAUCUGGAAGCUGGAAACGAAUCGCAUACAAGCAAACGUUCUUGGAAACUCAGAAGUGUUUUGCAAUUUUCGGAAGCGUCCCUGACUGGGCCACUGGUAUAUUUACUCCCGGUGUUACGGAAUUCGACCUUGAUCUGGAUGAGCUUUGGACACAAAAUCUGAAAAGCCCACAAGGUAAUUAUUUUGAUGGUAUGAAUAAUCAGUGUGGUGAUGGACACUUUUGGAUGGUAAAUCAACCAAAUACACCUGUAGCUGAAGUCAGUCUUAGACGAAAGAGCGGCGUGUCAGUUGCUGGGAUAUCCAUCUUUGGCAAGUGUGGGAUGUUCAAGUUCAGGAUUUCUGAUAUUCGUGUUCUGGAGUAAAAUUUAUGUAUCAUUGAAGUCUUGGCUAAUCCAAGCUGUUAUUGUCGACACAAGCUGCAGUCCUCUUCGCAGCUGAUGUUUGUGAUGUCGCGACAAACUGCACAGGAAAGUUACAUGGUAUCCCAGAGAACCGUGCUUUGAAGGAGACCAAACACGUUGCUGCCUUUUAGCGACUUUGGCUGGCUAGCACUUGAGCCCGCUAUGAAUUGGGAAGUUUAAACAGCACUAGGACAACUAAUUUGCACUGGAACUAGACGGCUGAAAAUCAGUUCACCUUGAAAAAAAAAUUAGAGCUCUCGCACUUGUCUUAUACUGACAUAGAUAGUUGACUGAACGAAGAUGUCAUUUUCAAACUAUACAAGUAGACGACCAAGAUUUCACAAAAAACGUAUUUUUCCCCGCUCUAAAGCUGGCUUUUUCAUGUGUAAAUCGACACAGAAAACGUCUUGCAGGCAGAAAUAGUCAUGCCCCAACUUGACUUUCGAAGCACAAAGGGGAAGUUUUGCGAAUCUUUGACUAAGUUGCCGGUUUUUCUGUUCUGCCGGAGAUCGAAUAGGUCUUACGGUGCAGUUAGCUUUAGUUUUAUCAGCGUCGUUGUCAGCAACGAAGUUUUUAACUAUUGCCUUU